GUGCCCAUCAACGCCGAAGACUCCGAGUGGCUGAGCCUGCGGGGUGGGCUCAAGGAGAUGGUCUACGGCCUGGAAGAGCAGGAUCAUUCGGUGAACUUGGUGCCGAUCCACACCAGCCGUGGCGAGCCAGGGGCUCUCAACUUCGCGGCCAAUUUUUUGUUUAUGUCGGCGAACCGCCCGGAGAACGCUUAUGGCGACAGCCGCGACUACUCUCCAUGUCUGUUCAGUAUCUGCGAUCCUUACCACCAGUUCCAGCCGGACUAUUUCCACACCAUCAUCCCCCACUUCUUCGAUCGAAAUGGAGAGCUGGACAGUGAGGUGGGCUUUGUCCAGUGCCCGCUCUACUUCCAUGC